AUUUGGCACGACGCGUUUGUUCUUCUCUUUCCUCGUGGAAAGCUCUUCUAGGUAGAGCCGGUCUCUCAUAGAAGUUAUACCUCUUCUUUUGGCAUACGGGUGACUGUGGUUAGAGCCCUUGCUUGCUGUCCUUCAACUUCUUCUUUGCUUCCUUCGUUAGAACCUUUCUUUCUCUUCAACAUGCCAUCAUUCAUUCUGUGCUCGUCCCUGGUUGGACUUGCCUCUGCUGCAGAGUUGGGAAAGCGCCAUGACGGCGGCUCGUCGGUGUAUGAGAUGCUCAAUGAUGACCUCGCCCGGCUGAGUUUGUUGAUAUUCGGUCUGAUGGCGGCAGUCGUGUAUGUGUGGAAGAUGUGGCAUCGGCUUUCGAGUCAUCUGCGCCGGCUCGCGAGUUUCAACAAUGAACGCCAACUAUACUUUGUGACCCCGGACACGAUACUGUCGAAGAUCAAGACCCAUAUCACCUAUGCACCCUUGUUCCGAGCCCGACACAAUCGCGAAUUCCAAUUGUCCCGGGCUGUCAAUAUGGGCACCCUGCCAAGCCGACUCCAUUCGUUCCUGCUGGUUGGGAUCAUUGCCAUGAACGUCGUCCUUUGCGUGGUCACCGUGCCGUAUGGUACUGAGGAGAACACUGUUGCGGGUAUCAUCCGCAACCGCACUGGAACGAUGGCGACUGUGAAUAUGAUCCCCUUGAUCCUCAUGGCUGGUCGAAACAACCCACUGGUUGCCCUGUUGCAGAUCCCGUUCGAUACCUUCAAUCUGCUUCACCGCUGGCUCGGCCGUAUCGUGGUAUUGGAGUGCAUCGCCCAUAUCCUCGCUUGGAUGAUCCCCAUGGCUCAGAAAACUGGUUGGCCCAUGGUUGGCACGUUGCUGGGGGAGAACAAACCCCUUCUUGUCGGCUUGAUUUCUGGAUGCGCUUUCACCGCUCUUCUAUUGCAUUCGCCUUCGCCCAUUCGCCAUGCUUUCUAUGAGACCUUCCUCCACCUUCACAUUGUGCUCGCCGUGCUCGCGAUCGCCUUCCUCUGGGUCCAUCUCAACGGCUACGUUGCUCGAUACUACUUGAUGGUGGCGAUCAUUUUCUGGGCUCUCGAGCGUGCCGCCCGAAUUGCAAUCAUCGUGUACCGCAACUUUGGACGCGAAUCGACUACGGCCCUCGUCGAGACUAUGCCUGGCGAUGCGAUGCGGAUCACUAUCAAGAUGGCUCGACCCUGGACCUUCAAGCCCGGCCAGCACAUCUACCUGUAUAUCCCUGCUAUCGGAUGGUGGACCUGCCAUCCCUUCUCGGUUGGGUGGAGUGAAGAAGCCGAGUCGCUGUCCGACGAGAAGGGCAUCCCCAUGACUCGACAGGAUAUGACGGGCCUCCAAAAGACCACCAUCUCCUUGCUCGUGCGUCGGCGAACCGGAUUCACCGACAAGAUGUUCCAGCGGGCGCAGAACUCGCCUGGCGGGCGGGUGUCGCUGCGGGCAAUUGCAGAAGGACCAUACGGCAGCAUCCACUCGAUGGAUUCGUACGGCACCGUUCUUCUCUUUGCAGGUGGUGUCGGAAUCACUCACCAAGUACCAUUUGUGCGUCAUCUCGUUCAGGGCUAUGCUGAGGGCACCGUAGCGGCACGUCGCGUGACGCUGGUCUGGAUCAUUCAAUCCCCUGAGCACCUCGAGUGGAUCCGUCCCUGGAUGACGAGCAUUCUGUCGAUGGAUCGUCGUCGAGAAGUGCUCCGCAUCAUGCUGUUCAUCACACGGCCGCGCAACACCAAGGAGAUCCAGAGCCCCAGUGCAACCGUGCAGAUGUUCCCCGGUCGACCCAACAUCGACACGCUGGUGGGCAUGGAGGUCGAGAAUCAGAUCGGAGCAAUGGGUGUGCUCGUCUGCGGUAACGGUGGUCUAAGCGACGAUGUGCGGCGCGUAUGCCGCAACCGACAAGAUCGCACCCAGGUUGACUUCAUUGAGGAGAGUUUCACCUGGUGAGAGUGUCUCCGCCUCGCAUCGGGGGCUCAUGUCACCCAAGGCGAGCAGGAGUCUUGGCCCCCACUGCAUCCCCCAAGGCCUCUCCCAACCCUUGAUCGCUACGGAUUCUCGCAUCUGAUUUGUCCCGGUUUUGGGUAGUAUACAU